CCUGAAGAGGUAUUUACAUGGGUGAUAAUACGUGUGAAUGUCUUCAGUCUGUGUUAUACAGUCUAAGAGAAUUCCUUGCAGCAUUGGGAAUGCUUCAAUUACAUGCGGUGAUUUGGGGUAUCUCUACCUUGAUUUGUACUCAAGAAAGGGCAAGUAUCCUGGUUGUGCUCAUUUUGCAAUUAAAGGUGGCCGGAUGGUUUCUGAAACAGAAUAUCAACUUCCUGUUGUUGCUCUUGUCUGCAAUUUUUCUGCUUCACAUAAUUCAUCAACUGCAAGGCUGAAUCAUUGGGAAUUGGAAACUCUGUUUCAUGAGUUUGGACAUGCUCUUCAUUCUUUGCUUUCAAGAACGGAUUACCAACACUUUUCAGGUACCAGGGUGGCUCUUGAUUUAGCGGAAGCACCUUCAAACCUUUUUGAGUACUAUUCAUGGGAUUACCGAGUUUUGAAGACAUUUGCCAAACACUAUUCAACUGGUGAAAGCAUCCCUGAGAAACUGGUAGAGUCAAUGCAGGGUGCCAGAAAGAUGUUUGCUGCAACUGAAUUGCAACGUCAGAUUUUUUAUGCUGUUAUUGACCAAACAUUCUUUGGGGAACAGCCAACUCCACCAACAAGUUCUAUUGUGGCAGAUCUGAAAAGACAAUAUACUAGUUGGAAGCACGUGGAUGGCACACACUGGGAGGCCCGAUUCAAUCACCUCCUGAAUUAUGGUGCAGGUUAUUAUAGCUACUUGUAUGCCAAAUGUUUUGCCGCAACAAUAUGGCAGAAACUGUGCCAGGAGGAUCCACUAUCAUUAACUACGGGAACUGCAUUAAGAACAAAAUUCUUACAGCAUGGGGGAGCUAAAGAACCUUCCCAUUUGUUAAGUGGUCUUGUAGGAGAUGGGAUCCUAAGGAAUUUUAAUGGAGGAAUGGUUCCUGAUAUUUCCUGUCUUUGUAAUGAAAUGAAGUUGGAAAAGUUAUAGAGAACAGACCUUGUUGUGUUCCAUUUGAGUUAACAAGAACUAGUCAACUAAAUAGCAAGGGAAGGAAUGAAAUGGAGGGGUUUGAAGAAAAAAAGAAGGUGAGCGAAGAGGCAAAACUAUGGCACGGCUCUUGUUGGAGGCAAUGUAGGAUGCAAAUGUCAAGCGUGGGCUAACAGCUGCAGAGAUUUCAUUCUGGAGUUGGCGAGGCAAAUGUGGAGUAGCAAUUUUUAUUCAUUUUCUGAUGGAUAUUAAUAAGUUUCCUUGAACUGUUAUUCUUACCCAUCCAUGUGAAUUUUGUAGCAUGCGCUGAAUAAUUAAUGAAGCCAUUUGAUUUGAAUAAA